AUGUCACUGUUCGAGUCUUAUGAGAAACAGUAUGGAAAUCUGACUAGCGAUAUAACAUUCAAGCUAGGGAAAAUUCCCCAGUUAAGUGGUGGUGAAAGGGCGAAAGAAGUACAUGAUGUGUCAAUACUUUUUGACGAGACGAAGGAGUUAAUUGAACAAAUGUCUCUGGAAGUUCAGGAAAUGCGAUCUGACAUCCGUCCCAAAUUUCAAAAUCGGCUUGAGUGUUAUCGAAAAGAAUUAGGAAAACUCACGACAGAAUUCCGGCGACCGCGGUAUGCCGUUCGGCGCCCUGACCAUAAGGAUUCAUGCGGUUCCGAUGAUGAGGACAAUUUACACGAAGAGGUUUUGUUUGAUACAGACAUGAGAGCUCAACUUCUGAGUAACACUGAACGAAUAUCUCGGACUACUACCAAAUUAGAAGAUGGUGUGCGAGUCGCCUUGGAAACAGAAGAAGUGGGUGGUCAUAUACUACAAGACUUAAGCGAGCAACGAGAAAAACUUCAAAGAAGUAGAGACAGGCUUCGUCAGGCAGAUUCUGAUCUGAAAAAGAGCUCUCGAAUACUUUCAGUAAUGACUCGCAGAGUUCUUCAAAACAAAUUCCUUCUAAUCACUGUGAUAUUUCUGAUUGUGUUAAUAUUUUUCUUAACCAUAUAUCUGGUCACUCGUCAUGCGACAACACACGCGAACUCGUCAUUUGCUACAAUAAACUCAUCUCACCCAUGA